UAAAGUUCCUGGUUCAGAGUGAGAGGCAACGGAAAGCGUUCAGCUGUCUUGUUCUUCCCGACUGCCGCCCAGGCAGAAUGGGCUCUGAAGGCAGGGAUUCCCCUCUUCCUGAGCCUGCAGCUCGGGCCGACUGUGAACUCGGGCCGAGGCAGCACGGGCUGAGGGGGGCUUCGGGGAAAAGCCGGCACCCGGUGUCUCAGUCCGCCAUGCCCCCCACAUUUGACGUGAUGAGUCAGGAUGAACUGCGAAAAAAGCUAUACCAGACGUUUAAGGAUCGAGGUAUACUGGACACGCUCAAGACGCAACUCCGAAAGCAGCUGAUUCAGGAAUUGAUGCACCCUGUCUUGAAAGGAGAGCUGCAGCCCCGGUCCGUUUCCAUGGAAGGGAGCUCCCUCUUAAUAGGCGCCUCUAACUCUCUAGUGGCAGAUCACUUGAAGAGAUGUGGCUAUGAGUAUUCACUUUCUGUUUUCUUCCCGGAAACUGGGUUAGCCACAGAAAAGGUAUUUACUAUACAAGAUCUAUUACAACUCCUCAAAAUCAACCCUGAAUCCAGUCUCUACAAAUCACUGAUUUCAGGAUUUGAUAACGAAAACAAAAAAGGUUUUCUCCUGCAGUUUUUAAGGGAAGUGGCCGAAUAUCACCAGUCCCGAGCCAGCUGUGAUGUGGAAACGCAGACAAGUUCAGCGUUUCCUGGCAAAGACUCACUUGCAGAGAAGCUUCAGCUUAUUGACGAUCAAUUUGCAGGUGCUUAUCCUCAGCGUCCAAAAUUAGAAUCCUUAGAAAUAAAGUUAAGUGAAUAUAAGAGAGAAAUCGAACAGCAGUUAAGGGCAGAAAUGUGUCAAAAGCUCAAGUAUUUUAAAGAUACUGAAAUAGCAAAAAUUAAAAUGGAAGAGAAAACAAAGUUGGAGAGGGAAUUCGCUGCAUUCCGGAACGAAUUGGAGAGAGCCUGUCAAGCAAAAUCUGAAUCCCUCAUUUCUCGGGAAAAGUUGGCUCUUGAGAGAAUUCAGAAGCACCAAGAGAUGGAAACCAAAGAGAUUUAUGCGCAGAGACAGCUUCUACUAAAAGAUAUAGAUGUGCUAAGAGGCAGAGAAGCAGAGCUGAAGCAAAGAAUCGAAGCUUUUGAAUUGGCUCAGAGGCUACAAGAAGAAAAAAAUAAAAGCACAACUGACGCACUUAGGAAACGGGAGCUGAAUGUCAAGAGUAUUGAGGAGACCUAUGACCAAAGGCUCAAGAAUGAGCUUCUCAAGUAUCAACUGGAGCUCAAGGACGACUAUAUCGCUAGAGCUAACAAGCUGAUAGAAGAUGAGAGGAAGAAUAAAGAAAAAACUAUCCAUUUGCAAGAGGAGCUCAGAGCUAUUAAUUCAAAAAAAGAAGAACUCAGUCAGUCUGUAAAUCGCAUCAAAGAGCUUGAGCUUGAGUUAGAGUCGGUCAGAGCCCAGUCUUUGGCAAUAACCAAGCAAAACCGCCUGCUGAACGAAAAGGUGAAAGAGAUGAGUGACUAUUCACUACUGAAAGAAGGGAAACUGGAGCUUCAGGCGCAAAAUAAGUUACUUAAGCAACACCUGGACGAGAUCAGAAACCAGAACUUGCGUCUCCUAAGCCACCUGUCUCAGCCAUCUCCAGAGCUGGCGGCUUUUCAGAAAGAACUAAAGAAAGCAGAAAACGUUAUCGCGUUCGAGCACAAGGAGUUCGAGGCGCACAAGCAGGCCCUGCAGAAGCAGCUGCAAAGCGAGAUUGAACAUUCUGCACAGCUGAAGGCCCAGAUACUUGACUACGACGACUCAGUAAAGAGGUUAACUAUACAGGUUGCUGACUUGAAAUUGCAGCUGAAACAAACCCAGACAGCUCUCGAGAACGAGGUGUACCGCAACCCAAAGCAUUCUCUGCUCGAUCGUUCCAUCAGCGGAUUAAUGGGUGGCAACGUGGCGGUGCCUCGCGAUGGUGACUGCAGCGGGGAUUCUUUGAAAACCGCUUUUGGACAGGAAAGGCUGACGGUGGGCACGGUGGUGUCAAGGAUCGCAAGUUACCUAAACCCGAGCGCCGAGAGUAGUUCCCCCGAUUCUGACCUUGAGUUUGUAGCCAACACCAAGGCCAGGGUGAACGAGCUAGAGCAAGAGGCCAAACGUUUGGAGAAAGCUUUCCAAAGCUACCAUCUAAGAGUUACUCCACACCUCCCGGGAAGCCGUUCAGCAGCCAAGAGCCCGCCGCCCCUGCCCCCCCUGCACUCGACAGGAACGCUCCAGAACGCCUCUUCCAGUUGCCCCGGAAGACGUGCUUCUGCGGAGGACGUGGCUGUCGCUGAGCAGCCCGCGGCGGGCGCGCCCGAGGAGGACGGGAGCAGCGGUGCGCGCGCGCGGCCACGCAGGGGCGCUCCCUCCCGGCGCCUCUCCUCCACUCCCCUGCCCAAGGCGAAGAAGAGCCUCCUUCGUAAAAUGUGUCUGGAAGGUGUGGACAUACCCCAUGCUGCGGGCUGCAGCCCCGGUCCUGACAGAACGUCCCGGCCAUCACCGCCCGGGUCCAGGCACGGCCCUUCCGUCCACACGCCACCCAGCCCUCCAGAGCAGGCCAGUCUUCAUCAAAGUCAGAUGGAACUUGAGGACAAAAGAGAAUUUUCAGAUCCGGACAAGCUACCUUUUAAGGACAAUGAGGAAUUUGGACCAUCUUUUGAAUAUGCAGGGAGCACGCCGAGGCAGCGCGAAGUGGACAGCCUCCACCCCGCUGGCGACAUGCCUCACACGGGUGCCGCCGCCGCCGCGUCUGCCAGACCUGUCUCCUGUCGCCACCCGAUCCCAUUAGGUGUAGAUCAGAAACAAAUGGGAGAACAGACGGAAGAAGAAAAAAUGUGGGAACAGCACAUGACAGAACAAAAGCAGAGAGAAGAAAUAAGGCAGAACGAACUGCAAGAAGCUUUAGAAAGGGAACGAAGGGAACUAGAGAAACUGGAUCAAGAGCGGAGGAUGAUUGAAGAAUCUUUGAAGAAUGAAAUGGAAAAAGAAUUAGAAAUGAGUGUUGAAGAAGUAAAAGACCAGUAUGCUUGUGGUGAAAACCCUUUAGAGAAGUACAUGAAAAUUCUUCAGCAAAAUCAAGACCAGGAGUCUGCAGAUAAGAGCUCAAGGAAGGUUGGCGGAGAAAGCUCACAAGCGGACACACUACCACCUAGUGACAAAGACGAAAGGUACGGCCUCCCACAGCGUGGUGUGUCCUGCGCAGCCCGUUGUGUGGCGGGUUGUGUCAGCCGAGGGAAUGUUCACACAUUUUCACGGGCUUUUCUCACGAAGAACCGGAUGACUUCUGGUGACCAUGUUUGCCGCUCAGCGCCUUACCAUGUAAUGGAAUUCGAGGCCUGUGUAUUCGCUGUAAUAAGACCAACUUCUCAAUAAAAAUUUUAUGUGCAGCCUCA